AAUUGAAAGGACACAAUGAUUGAAGAAAACCUAGUAUACAGUCCUCAACAUCCUUAUAAAACCUAGUUUGUUUUUUAAAAUUUGACUUCAAAGAAAACAAAGUUAUCUCCCUAUCUAAAAAGAUGAAAACGACUGGGUUACUUUCAAAAGGCAACCAAGUGAUCACCGCAAACUAAUGAGUAGAAUCAAUAAGAACGUGAUUUUGGCCCUUUUAACAUUGACAAGUUCUGCAUUUCUGCUGUUUCAGUUGUACUACUACAAGCACUAUUUAUCAACAAAGAAUGGAGCUGGUUUGUCAAAAUCCAAAGGAAGCCGAAUUGGAUUUGAUAGCACACAGUGGCGUGCAGUUAAAAAAUUUAUUAUGCUAACAUCCAGCCAAAACGUACCAGUGUUUCUUAUUGAUCCUUUGAUUCUGGAAUUGAUUAAUAAAAACUUUGAACAAGUCAAAAAUACUUCUCAUGGCUCCACUUCAGAAUGCACGUUUUUCUGUGUUCCAAGAGACUUUACUGCAUUUGCAUUACAGUAUCACCUGUGGAAGAUUGAGGAAGGUUGGUUUCGGAUAGCUGAGAAUAUGGGGUUUCAGUGCCUAAAGAUUGAAAGCAAAGAUCCCCGUCUAGAUGGGAUAGACUCACUUUCUGGAACUGAAAUCCCCCUGCACUAUAUCUGCAAAUUGGCAGCUCAUGCCAUCCACUUGGUGGUCUUUCAUGAGAGGAGUGGUAACUACCUCUGGCAUGGCCAUCUACGACUCAAAGGACACAUUGAUAGGAAAUUUGUUCCCUUUCGAAAGUUACAGUUCGGUCGUUACCCUGGAGCUUUUGACAGGCCAGAGUUACAGCAAGUUGCUGUUGAUGGGCUAGAAGUUCUCAUUCCAAAAGAUCCAGUGCACUUUGUAGAAGAAAUACCACACUCUAGGUUUAUUGAGUGUAGGUAUAAAGAAGCUCGAGCAUUCUUUCAGCAGUACCUUGAUGAUAACACUGUGGAAGCUAUGACCUUUCGGAAGAAUGCAAAGGAAUUACUGCAAGUAGCAGCUAAAACAUUAAAUAAAUUGGGAGUACAAUUCUGGCUGAGCAGUGGAACCUGUCUAGGAUGGUAUCGGCAGUGCAACAUUAUUCCUUAUAGCAAAGAUGUUGACCUAGGGAUUUUUAUACAAGAUUACAAAUCUGAUAUUAUUUUAGCAUUUCAGGAUGCAGGACUUCCACUUAAACACAAAUUUGGGAAGGUAGAAGACAGCUUGGAACUAUCCUUCCAGGGAAAAGAUGAUGUAAAACUUGACAUUUUUUUCUUCUAUGAAGAGACUGACCACAUGUGGAAUGGAGGCACUCAGGCCAAAACAGGAAAAAAAUUUAAAUACCUGUUUCCCAAGUUUACACUGUGCUGGACUGAGUUUGUAGACAUGAAGGUCCACGUGCCCUGUGAAACCAUCGAAUACAUUGAAGCUAACUACGGCAAGACGUGGAAGAUUCCUGUAAAGACAUGGGAUUGGAAACACUCUCCUCCCAAUGUUCAGCCCAAUGGAAUCUGGCCUAUUUCCGAGUGGGAUGAGGUUAUCCAAUUAUACUGAGAUACUCAGUUGAAAUGGGAGAAUUCCCUUCCUGAAAGAAAAAGGUAGAUAACUUUUAAAAGAUAUGUAUCUGCUUGUCAAACAUAAAUGGGAGCCUAAGAAAAAAAAUGACAAGUUUGAAGACACAGAAAAAAUCUUAACUCCUGAGCCAUCUGAUUGAAAUCUCUCAUUCAGUGUUUAUUGAGGAAUGUCCAUGUGCCAGCUACAAAGCUAGGUUACAGUGGAGAAGCAGAAAUGAAUGAGACAAAUACCUGCCUCUUUUUCCCCUCCUUUUGGUAAACGCCUCUGUUUUCUUGUGUUUGGAACACCUCUACUCUUUGAAAGAGCUCAAGUAAAGCAUAAUGUGAUCUGUAAGGGUUUUUAAGAUGUUAAGUAAUGUUUGAAUUGGAAGAUGAGCUUACCAGACAAUGCUAGGGAAGGUAUACUAGUUAAAAAAGAAUAACCCAUUCCUGUUAUUAGCUUUUAAGCUGAUAUUUUAGUGCUACUUUUAAGACUGUGGAGUCUGAGUUCAUAUUCAAGUGGCCAGAUAUCAGGUGGCAUCAAGAAAAGAUGGUAGCAGAUUCAUUUUCUAAGCAAUCUUAUACUGAAUUGAUUUAGAGUACAGGGUAUUAUUCUAUAAGGGAAGGUAAGAGCUUAUUUCUAGCCUUGUCAAGAUCAAUAAAUUUCCAUACACUUUUUCAUAUUUGAAGAAGAAAGUUUAUGAUUGUGUGAUGCUUAAAUUUCCAGCCAUUGUGAUGGCACUUGUUGAUGAAUCAUUCAAGUGAGACCAUGCUACCAGACAUGAUUUUGAGAGGCAUGAUUUCACAAACCAAUUAUUCCUAUUUCAUUCUCAGUCACUUUGUCAGGUAAAAAUAUAAGCUAUUAAUGGACAUUUUAUUAUUUCUGAAUGUAUAAUUCUUGCAUUCUCAACUUCAGUGUUAAUACUAAAAUAUUAAUAGAAGUACCUCUAAUUUUUAA